AUGGCUUCCUUCAUACUGACAUCCGCUUUUACUGCUAUAUCUCUUUAUAUUGGAACCGCUGCAUCCCUGGGCCCCGUUACCAGCCUAACCCUCACAAACGGUCCAGUGACCCCGGAUGGAUUUACACGGGAGGCCGUGCUCGUUAACGGAGUAACCCCUGGACCUCCCAUUACAGGGUACAAGGGCGAUAAUUUCCAAAUCAAUGUCCAAAAUGAAUUGCAAGACCAUUCGAUGAACAGGACCACCACUGUUCACUGGCAUGGUCUCUUCCAACACCACACGAACUGGGCUGAUGGAACGGCUUUUGUGACUCAAUGCCCAAUUGCGUCUCAUAAUUCCUUCUUGUAUGACUUCAACGUCCCGGAUCAGGCUGGGACGUUCUGGUAUCAUAGUCACGAGUCUUAUCAAUAUUGCGAUGGUCUGCGUGGCCCAUUUAUCGUCUAUGACCCAGAUGAUCCGUAUGCGGACCUAUACGAUGUGGAUAACGAGUCCACCAUCAUCACUCUCACUGACUGGUACCAUAUUCCUACUGCUCAAGUCCCUAUCCCAUCAAACUCGGAAGCGGUUCUCAUUAAUGGUCUGGGACGGCAAGCGAACGAUACUACUUCUCCGCUGUCUGUUAUCACCGUGACCCAGGGGAAACGCUACCGGUUCCGGCUGAUUUCUAUGGCUUGCGAAGCCUAUUUCAACUUCAGCAUCGACAAUCAUACUGUCACCAUUAUCGAGGCUGACGGACAGAGCACGCAACCGUUGCCAGGUAUCGAUUCCAUUGAGAUUUUCGCGGCGCAACGCUACUCGUUCAUUCUGGAGGCAAAUCAGACAAUCGGCAACUACUGGAUCCGCGCUUCUCCUGAGAAUGUGGCUGUAGGUACGACUCCACUGCCACCGCCACCGGGCAUGGCCAUCCUCCGAUACGUCGGCGCCCCCGACGAGGAACCCACAACCAUCAGCUUCACAAAUCAUCCGCUCAACGAGUCUGACCUGCGUGCAUAUGGCAAUCACCCUGUUCCUGGAGAGCCCUACCCUGGUGGUGCCGAUGUGAACAUCAAUCUUGAUUUCUUUUUCAACUUUACCGAUGGUUUGUUCUACGUAAAUAACCACACUUUCCAGAGUCCUUCAGUUCCCGUCCUCCUGCAAAUUCUGCACGGAGACUACUCACCAUGGGAUCUAAUGCCGGAGGGCAGUAUAUACGGCUUGCCUCCCAACAAGUCUGUCGAGAUUUCGAUGCCAGGUGGUGUAAUAGGCGGUCCACAUCCUCUGCACCUGCACGGUCAUUCUUUCUCGGUCGUCAGGAGCGCGGGUCAGCUCACCCCCAAUUAUGACAACCCAGUUAUCCGUGAUACGGUCAGCAUCGGUCUGGCUGGAGACAACGUGACGAUCCGAUUCGAUACCAACAAUCCUGGGCCGUGGUUCUUGCAUUGCCACAUUGAUUUCCAUCUCAACACCGGCUUUGCUGUCGUCAUGGCAGAGGACACGUACGCGACACCGUACGUGGAUGCGCCUCCUCUGGAAUGGGAUGCUCUAUGCCCGAUCUUCGACGCUUUGCCCAUCUCGGAUCAUUAGCGGGCUCGCAUUUUAUCGGUUGCGGACGUGGCUCGAGUUUACAGCGCCUCUGCGAACUGGCAAGGGAUGCAAUGAGGUUAUUGACCUGCAAUCAUUCGACCCUCCGCUCAAUGAGCGUAGUAAUAUAUCCAUUUGUAAUGCUUACAAUAUUGAAUCAUACACAUUCCAUCAGAG